UUAGAGACAUAGUGAGCUGCUACUCAUAUGCAGCUGGGGAUUAGCAUGAACAUCAAAUUCCUCGUCAGCAAGCAAUCAGUCAAUGAGGGGAAUGGAAUAAUAAUGCUUUGUUAAAUCUUGUCGGGUUUUCAAGCAUCGAUGAUGACCAGGUAAAAUAAACCUAAAAAGCCAUCCCUGCCUUGCUCUGCCCCUCCCCUCCCCUCCCCUCACCUGUCUUCUAUAUUAUAUACACACACCUCCGCAAUCAUCCUCUCUAUCCAUUCCAUCCUGCAAUCGCUGCACUCCCAGAUUCAAUGGGGACAGCCUCGUCAAUGCUAACUCAGUACGACUUAGAAGAGGUUCAACUACACUGCCAUAAUCUAUUCUCCCAGCAAGAAAUAGUGUCACUGUAUCAAAGGUUUUGCCAGCUAGAUCGAAAUGCAAAGGGGUUUAUCUCAGCUGAUGAAUUCUUAUCAGUGCCUGAGUUUGCAAUGAAUCCACUCUCUCAGAGGCUGCUUAAAAUGGUUGAUGGCUUGAACUUCAAGGACUUCGUUGCCUUCUUAUCUGCUUUCUCUGCUAAAGCAAAUAUGGAGCAGAAAAUCGCACUUAUUUUCAAAGUAUAUGACUCGGAUGGGAAUGGAAAAAUAUCUUUCAACGACAUACUAGAAGUUCUUCAGGAUUUAUCUGGUGUGUUCAUGUCCAAUGAGCAAAGAGAGAAAGUCUUGAUCCAAGUUUUGAAGGAGGCGGGUUACACAAGGGAAUCAUACUUAAUGCUGGAUGACUUCAUUAAGAAUAGAGUCAAAGAGAGUGAGGAUACGUGCAUCUCUAUCAGCACCAAUAGGUUUUUGGAAAUUCUGGCCUAAAACUGGAGGUCGAAGUCCCAGUUGACUGAGCAACCCAGCAGACUCUCCAUGCUGAAUGUACGGAAAACAACCCUCUACUACAGUCAUGGUAUAUGGAGGACUGCAAGUCAUAUUGGCAUGACACACACUUGUAAUAAUGUCUUAUAUCCUUGAGGAACAGAUUGAGCAGCCUUGUGUAUUGGAAUAAUCUUUUGGCUUCCUUGUAAAUGUUUCGUUAUCACAAUGAAAUUUUCCAGUCUCUCAUGGUAUGAUUUCCAUUUAGCAGUUUACAAA